CUCAGUCGCAGAAUGACUGUCGUCCUGCGAGAGUGGGUUGUUGCUUCGUUCCCUUUUCUCUCUCUAUCCUCUCUCUCGCUCAUCCCUUCUUUCUCUACGUUCUCUCGAGCCUUCCCCUCCCGGUCAGUUGUGUGAGGAGCCCAGCUGUAGCAUCGUGCCCGUUCACGAUAAAGGAUCGUCGACGAGAAGCGAGCAGAGGCUGUCUAACCUGCAACGGAAGCGUAUCUUUGCGGUGCGUGCCUUCCUUCCCUCUCUCUCUCUCUCCCCCCUCCUUCCUUUAUUUCUUUGAGGUACACGUGCAUGUAUCCGUGUGAGUGAGUCCACAAUUUUGGUGACAAGUGAACGCACGGUGUACGAUCGUGUUACGUUCGAUUUACCCUAUCGUAAGUGUUCCCGUUCCCCGAAGACACACACAAGAUGAAGUUGACGUUCACUGCCGUAGCGUUACUCCUCGGUCUUGUUGCGUGUACACGUUCGCAAGAGAGCUUACCAUCUACUGACGAGAUGCUGAAACAGGUCGGCGGAGUGAUUGGUAACAUCCCCGAACUGAACAAUCUGAACGCAUCAGCAUUACCCAGCAUCGAAGAGGCGAAAAAUCUCUUUAAAGAGAAGUGUACGAAGAACGGUGGACCAGCUGCAUUCGACAAUGCCCAGCAAGCCCAGACGGACAUGUUGCACUGUGUUGAGUCGCUCAUCAACGUCACAGAACUUCGGGCGGAGAUGGAGAAGUACAAGCCGACCGGCGAUCUGGACAUAGUAUUUAAAAAUUAUUGCAACAAGCGUUCAACUUUGCGUGCUUGCGUCACCAACUUUACCAAUACAAUGGAACAUUGUCUGGACGAUAAGGAGAGAGAAAAUAAGAAGAUUGUGCUAAAUAUCACUGAUUCAUUAUUGGAAUUUGUUUGCUAUAAAGAAGGAGAUCGUAUUGCCCUUUUCAUAUCAGCUGGAGGACCGGAAUGUUUCCAAUCUAAACAGGAUGCGAUUCAAGAUUGUGCCAAUCGUACAUAUGGUGGUUACAUACCAAAACCUGAUCCAUCUGGUAGCAAUUUAAUCGGACUGGAUAGUUUGCCCUCACUGACUUUCGGUACCAAAGAAUGCAGAGAGAUGAAUAGCUUGCAAACCUGUAUUGUGGCGGAAUUGGAAAAGUGUCCAGAUCCAACGCCUGCGAAUAUAAUGGAUUCCAUAUUUAAUUUUGUCAAGAGGGUAACGCCGUGCGAAAAUGUUCUCAAUGCGCAAAGUGCGGCUGCCACUGGUACAAAGGCAUCUGGUGCCUCGCACAUAACAGCUCUUUCCAUCUUAGCGAUCAUUCCGUUCAUCAUAGCAAGUGGAAAAAGAGCUGAGUUUACAUCCGACGAGGACUCGGUCAACAAUGAUGCGUGUAGCGAGAUCAGCGGCCAAUCCGACAAUCGCAGCAUGCUGGAAGACGCCAACGACAACGAGGUGGACGAGCUCGCGCAGCAGGAGGCGUUCGAGGAGAAGCUGAAGGAGGCGAUCGAUGGGCUGACGCAAAAGAGCGCCAAGGGCCGGGUGAUAUGCUUCAACGGCAUAGAGAAGAUCUUCGCCAUCAAGUACAUCCCGGACUUCGUCGAGGACAGAAAGAUGACCAUCACGGACUCGGUGGAGCGGGGCUUGAAGAAGGGACGGGAUGACGAGCAGGCGACCGCGGCCAGAUUGAGCACCCUGUUAUGCGUCCAGCUGGGGGCGUUCGAAAGCGCAGAGAUGGUCUGCAGGGACCUGAAGUCGACCCUCACCUUCAUCGCCAACGAUAAUACUGCUCCUGUCCACGCUCGCGCCGAGUGUUGCUGGGCACUAGCCAUGAAUCAGUUCUUGUCCGGCAACGAUGCGACUGACACCAUGGAAAUCGUGCAGCUACUGUCGUCCAUCUUCUCCGGUUCCUACUUGAAGGGGAAUGGCGCGAUCGCCAACAUCUCCACGGACGUGGCGGCGUUACACGCGGCAGCUAUCUCAUCCUGGACCCUGCUUCUCACGGUCAUGACCUCGGCAGACAUCUACAAUUUGCUCGCGAGCGACAGGAGCAACAGUUACAUGCCCUCUCUCAAUCGAUUGCGCGAAUUGCUGGAGUCGCCGCAUCUCGACGUACGCCUGUCGGCCGGCGAGGCAUUGGCCGUAAUAUUCGAGCUCGGUCGUGACUUCUCCACCGACUACGAGCAGGACUGGGCGCUCGACCUCGUCGAAAUUCUCAAGGAACUCGCCACAGACUCCAACAAGUAUCGGGCUAAGAAGGAUCGCAAGCAGCAGCGCGCUAAUUUUAGAGACAUUCUGCGUUACAUCGAAGAAGACAUUGUUCCAGAGAUGCACGUGAAAUUCGGCAAGGAGAUCUUGUAUUUAGAGGGAUGGUGCGCGAGGACCCAGUACAAUGCCUGCUGCCGGCUGCUAGGACCCGGUAUCAAUAUCCAUCUUGCUGAAAAUCAACUGCUGCGCGAGAUUUUCCAUCUUGGCAACAAAGUUCUACCUCCAUUAGUAACGGUGAAAACGAGUAAAUUAGAAAGAACAUUGAUGAACGCGGCUGCGUUCAAGGCACGCACCAUUCAGCGCAACAAGAACCGCGAUAAACGAUCCGCAGCCAUGGCACCGUAAUCACACUUCUGCUCCUAUGCUGGCUGUCUGAUGUUAUGUUAGUGUAAUGCAAGUAUAUUUGAUUUUUUUUUGUUAAUUUAUUGCAACUACAUUUAAUAGCGUAAAUUAUCGUUAUUUCGAUAUCGGAAUUGUCGUUCGAAUCAAAAUUGUAUACAGAUAUAUAUUCUAUGAAUGUAAAUCUUCUCCUCUCGCAAAAAAUUCUGUAUGUAUUUUUAUUUCUCGCCGCUUUUUAGCAGCUUUACCUUUAUUUCAUGGUAUUUAAUGAAGUCCACGUGUGUAUAUACAAGUCUAAAUAUAUGUAUAUACAAUGGUAA